UCUGCUCCUCCCUGGCUGCUCCCCUGCCUGCAGGGAGAGAAAAUCCAAGAUCACAGCCUCACGCAAACUCUUGUUGAAGAGUUUGAUGCUGGCCAAAGCCAAAGAGGAGUGGGAUCAGGAGAUUGUGGACAAGCAGGCAGAGAAGGAGAGGUACCUGUCUGAGCGGGUCACUCCACUGCACACCAGCGGGCUCUCCUUGAGCCAGCUCCAGGACCUGUGCAGGGAGCUGCACGAGAAGGUGGAAAUUGUGGAUGAGGAGAGAUACGACAUAGAAGCGAAAUGCAACCAUAACACCCGGGAGAUUAAAGAUCUGAAAAUCAAAGUUCUCGAUCUCCGAGGGAAGUUCAAGCGCCCUCCCUUGCGCCGGGUUCGUGUCUCGGCCGAUGCCAUGCUCAGGGCUCUGCUGGGCUCCAAGCACAAGGUGUCCAUGGAUCUCAGGGCCAACCUGAAGUCUGUCAAGAAGGAGGACACUGAGAAGGAACGCCCUGUGGAAGUGGGCGACUGGCGCAAGAACGUGGAAGCCAUGUCGGGCAUGGAGGGGAGGAAGAAGAUGUUCGACGCUGCCAAGUCCCCCACGGGGCAGUGAGAGGAGCACUGGCAAGAAGACCGUCCCCAUCCCUGCUGCCAGCCUGCCCUCGCUGCUCCCCUGUCCCUUUGUGCCCUUCCCUGAAUUCCCACUGAGCUGAAACACAAGGACGACGGUGUGGAAAGGAGACCCGAGCUUCUUCCUUCCAGCAAUGCCCUCAGCCCUGCUCCUGCACAGCGUCCCCCCUCCACCAGCUGCUCCGGCCGUGCUGUCCCCAAGGGCCACUGGCACCCGUCCCCUCCCAGCCCUGCAGAGACGCCCCAGAGGCAGCAGCUGCUCCCCCCGUGCCUGGCUCAGCCGGGAUGUGGCACCCCAGGAUGUGGCACCCCAAGA